GGGCUAAAAGCAUACAUAAACAUCAAGGUUUACAGCCAUCUUAAAGGGAUCGAAUUUAAUAAAAAAAUAUUGUAAAUAAAAAAACUAAUACAUCUUGUACAGACUAAAAUGAACCGUGUUUACGAAAUGCAAGUGUUUGUUCAAGUGAAAAUUUGUGUGUAACUACGUUGUUAUAAUAAAAUAUAAACUUUUAUCAUAAUUAACCUUGGAUUCGUCAACGACAUGGUGUCCUGUUUCACCAUUGUUGCUAUAUGUUUCAUUUGGGCGGUGGGCCGGGAGUCGGUACUGGCGCUGGCGGCCAACCGCGAGCUGCGGUGCGGCCGGAGGCUUGUGACGGGGUUGUUCACGCGGCCGCGACUGCCGCUAGGCUACUCGCACGUUGCCACCGUGCCGCGCGGCGCCUGUCGCCUCAACUUCUCCGAGAUUCUGCCCAGUGACAACUAUAUUGCUUUGAAAAUGACAAAUGGAUCGUAUGUAAUAAACGGAGAGUUCGCCAUUAGCACGCCCGGCACAUACGACGCAGUCGGCGCUCGGUUUAUAUAUUCAAGAGUACGGGGUCUCGACUCUAUCUUCACGCUUGGACCUAUCCACCAUCCUAUUGAUAUCAUGGUUUUAUACACGGUGCCAAAUCCUAAUAUUAAAUACGAAUAUCUAACGGAUUCUCUACCAGGAGAUAUAAAUACAGAAGAACCAACAACCAAAUUAAGUUCUAUCGAUACUCAAGGCACGGUAACUGCAAAACAUACUAGAAGACAUCACGGUUAUGAUAGUUACCCGAAAUUUAUUGUUGAUAACAUGCAUCCAGAUGUUGUUGGCUUGUCGAAAGAAAAUACAAUAGCGAAAAAAGGUAUAGAUGAAAAUAUAGUUGGAACAAGGAGAUUCGUGUGGAAGAUUCUAUCUUAUACCCACUGUACUAGAACUUGUGGCGGUGGAAUCCAGGUGGGCAAAUAUCGCUGUGUAGAAGAAACCACAGACGGAGUGGAUAGGGAGAUAUCACCGGUCCAUUGCUCGGGAUCUGCCCCAUCAGGAAAGAGACGUCGUUGUGGCAUGAUUUCUUGCCCGCCGAGGUGGAGGGCCGCCGCCUGGUCUCCGUGUCCAACAUGUGGGCCGGCUAAUCGAACCAGAAUCGUUGGAUGCGUGCAAGAUCAUUCGAGAGGAAUUACAAAGGUCAAUGAUGAUAAAUGUUCUCUGGAAAAGCCAGUUACGAGUGAAAAAUGCAAUGUGCCGGAUUGUCCAAAAUAUAGUACUCUGGAAUCUAAACAUGUCAUACGACUGAACGAAGAUACGGACACGUUUCGAGAAGGUCCCGUCUAUACAAUUUCAGUGAACAACUCCGAAACCGAUCUCGGACCCGAGUAUAGAUUAAGUGCUUCUGCUGGAUGGCUUUCCUCUGACUGGUCACAGUGCGUUGGAUGGUGCGUCGGUGGCGGCUUACAGACCCGCAGUGUGCGGUGCAGCGACCCGUCUGGUUGUUCACCGCAAAUAUCACCAGACGUAAGAAGAAAUUGUACUGCGAAAGUAACGUGUGUCCCUCAUGAGGGACAUUGGUUUACAGGAGAAUGGUCGUCUUGCUCGGCUCCAUGUGGUGGCAAACAGAUCCGCGGCGUGCUUUGCAUCGGUGAAACUGGCAGGCAUCUGAGAGACUCCGCUUGCAAAGACCCAAAGCCGGCAAACGAACGCGACUGCGGUGAAUGCGCGCCUGUAUGGUACUACAGUGAAUGGAGUAAGUGCGUAGGAAACUGUUCGUUGAAGACGGGAGUCCAGCACAGGUCGGUGGUAUGCGCGCGUGGAAGGAACGGCGCCAACGAGGGCGAGUGCACCGCGCCGCGUCCUCCCGCGCACCGCCCUUGCGAUCCCAUAUGCCCCACUGACAACACAGCGGCAGCUGUACUUACUAGCCCUUCUCACAGAGUAGAUAAAUAUACUACAACUACGACUUCCUCCACAACUCAAACAAGCACUAUAGAUGGGAACGAUGAUAAAGAUUGCAUAGACAGGUUGAGUAACUGCGCGCUGGCCGUGCAGGCGCGCCUCUGUCACUACAUGUACUAUAUCAGGAACUGUUGCAACUCCUGUAUUAACAUUAUUGAUAUACAUUGAAG